AUGAUGACUAUGGACAUAACCAAAACAGAGCCCAAUACGGGUUCCAAUAACCCGCCGAACGGCAACAACACUAACGGCACCAACGCCAAUAGCACCAUUGCGGCUGCUGCCAACAACAACAACAACAACGGCAGCCAACUGUGCGCCGGUUGUGGCAAACAUAUCCAAGACCGCUUUUUGCUGCGCGCGCUCGAUAUGUUGUGGCACGAGGACUGUCUCAAAUGCGGCUGCUGUGAUUGUCGUCUGGGUGAGGUGGGCUCCACACUUUACACAAAAGGCAAUUUAAUGCUAUGCAAACGUGAUUAUUUAAGAUUAUUUGGUAACACUGGGUAUUGUGCUGCUUGCAGUAAAGUCAUUCCGGCUUUUGAAAUGGUUAUGCGAGCUCGAACAAAUGUCUACCACUUGGAGUGUUUUGCAUGCCAACAAUGUAAUCAUAGAUUCUGUGUUGGCGAUCGCUUUUACUUGUGCGAAAAUAAAAUACUUUGCGAAUAUGAUUACGAAGAACGUUUAGUAUUUGCUUCAAUGGCAAAUCAUCCUAUGCUAAAACGACACGCCAGCUCUAUUGGACAAGGCUCACCCACUAGUGGUGGGGGUGGACUUUUAGGCGGUGGAUCCGUUGUAAAUGGACCGGGUGCAGUGUCACGUACUGGCGAUCACAACAACAAUAAUGGUCCACAGACAACUAACGGUGGUGGUUCACCUUUCAGCGUACAGGCUGCUGCCGCCCAUAUGAAGAAUCCACUAGGUGCGUCAAGCUAAAAUAGCGCUUCAGGCAUGAGCAGCAGCUAUAAUAGCGGCUGUAAACGCUACCAAAGAAAAUUUUACGCUAGAAAUUGACUGAACUAUUGCUGAGAGAGUGCAUUGAAACAAAGCAGGAAGUGCGUACGGACAGCAGAUUAAAAUCGAAUGAGUUGAAUCUUUAGACGAUUAUUAUUUCUGGGUUUUGCGUUGCUUUUAACAUAAAUAUUUUUAGUUAAAUAUUUGUAAAUGAAUUCCAUCUUUAUCUUCUUAUUUUCUAAUCCAUAGGACAAAUUAUCUAAAAAAAUUGUUUUUAAUAGUUUAAAUUAUC